UGAAGCAAUAAAACAUCAUGUUCGCAGACAAUGGCUGAAAACACCACGCAUAAUGACAGCUGAAGUUUCCUCGAUUUUAGGUUAUUUUCCUUGGUUUUAAUCUUCGUUUACGCGAAUGUCGUCCAAUGUUGUAUUUGUGAGUUUGUUCAAAGUCAACAAACAUCUCCGACACCAAUGACUUUUUCUGGAAAUUACAGCACCAUGAAAUAGGGCUAAGUUGACCCUAAACAAAUGGAAUUUACACUUUCUGAGAUGGACGAAGAGAAGUCAGAAUCGUGCUCUAAAGAUGAGACAUUUUCAGGAAAUCUCGAUCAAAUUGAUUCCAGCAUAACACCAGACGUCUCUCUCGCAGAAGUCACCAACUCCCUAAUUCAGUCUGAUGUAAAAAUCAGUAAGGAUACUACUUCGGUUCAGGAGAAACUGGAACAAGUCGCUCAAACUAAAACAGAUUCAGUAUUAGUAAAUAACAAUGGGAAGUCUAGCUUUUUGAUAGAAGAAAACAGUAUUAUUUUGCCUAUUAAAAGUUCUACUUCUUUAAGUGAUCUGUCGAAUGAUUUUUCAAAAUGUCAAACAUUGUCUAAGGAUGCAGACCUUUUGAAAGAAAAACCACUUCUUAAAUCAUCUUCCUAUGGGGAUGUUAGAUUAUCAAAUACUGUUUCUGAUAAUGUUAGACAACCAAGAAGUGAGCAUGAAGAAUCAAUAGCAGUAUGCAACGAAGAUGAAGAAACACUUUUCAGUACCAAAUUAUACAUGGAUACUCAGCAAACACAUUUCUUGGAGAAAAAUGUUAUUCAAAAUGAGAUUCAAAAUGCUCUUCACACAGGAGAAAAUGUAGUACAGAAUUCUAACAUGAGUAACAAACUGAUGGAACUUAAUGAUCCUACAAAUGAUUCAAAACAAAAAUCCCAAUCCAUUGAAAAUACCAGAUCACAGAGUAACAUAAUAGUUCGUCCUACUUUGGCUGACGAUAGUAAAUUGGUUAAAAUUUCACUGCCAACGAAUCCAAUUAAUAUAAUGCAAUCCAAUGCCCAGUUCCUGAACAAGAGCCGCAAUUUCUUAAACUUCAUUACAGAAAAAUCGACAAACAUAAUGGAGAAAGCAUUGCUACCGCAACAUUUAACUGUAAAAUAUAAUUCGGUAAUGAAGUCUAUAGAUAAUUAUAACGAAAAAAAAUACGUGGAAGAACCUUGUAGUACCAAAUCUCCAUUAAAGGAACCAACGUUUCGAACCGAAUCAAACUUAAUGGAUAAAACGAACGCUAUCCUGUAUCCAUCGAAAAGUUCCAUGGGUCUGCAGAAUGAAAGAGAUAGUUGUACAAAGGAUUCUGAAAAUAAAAUAACUCUUACAAAUACACAUGAUGAAACACACGUUAAUACUGAAAAGAAUGAUAAGAAUAACGAUGAUAUUAGCGAUUGCAUACAAAAUAACACAAAUCAAGUUGAAGCACCUAUUACUGACAAAAGUAACGAACAGAACGAUAACGUACUCUGCAUGGAAGCGAACGGGAAUUGUACCGAUACCGAUUCCAUGGUAAUAAUUUCGGAGGGCAACAACAAUUCUUCUGAAAAUUUGAAACUGAGUUUACUGAAACACCCAGCAUACCUCACUUUAUUAAAAGAUUACGCAGAUUUAAAAACUAAGUACUUAAAAUUCCAAGAGAAAGUCGAAUACGUGGAAGAAAGAAAUCGAAUGUUAGAAGCAGAAAAUAAGGGAGAAAUCUAUUCUGUACAAAUUGAUAAUUUAGAGAAAACGAUAAACAAACUUACGUUCGAACUACAUACGUCGUUAGCAACACAGGAGACGCUUAAAAAAGAAUAUAAUGCCGCUAAUAAAGAGAGAGAAAGCAUGGUAAUGAAAUAUGCAGUUAGCGAGAAGCAACUGAUCGAUACUCAAAGGGCAAGAGAAUACGCAGAACGCAAAGCAAAAGAAAGCGGAAAACAACAGGAAUUGCUUCAAAGUAAACUACGCGAAAUGCAAGGAGAACGAACGAGGAUAUGUAAUAUUUUGGAUGGACGAUGUCGCGAAGUAACUGAGCUCCAAAAAGAAGUUGAAAAAUUGAAGGAGGACGUAAAUAUGAGAGACAUCAAAUUAAAAUGGACUCAAAACAAACUCAAAACGGAAAUGGACUUGCAAAAGGAAACUCAACAAAAACUGGAUAAAGCCACAACUAGAAUCAGCGAAAUGAAAGAGGAAUGCGAACAGAUACGCAAAGAGACGCAGGAAUCGAUGCGUCAAUUCCAACAGUCAGAGGAAAAUAAAGCAGUCACGUUGGAUCAACAAUUAAAAGAACAACAAGCACGCCUAAUAUUAGAAAGACACGUUACGGAAGAUAAAGAAAUGCUGAGGCUUCAAUUACAAAAGGAAGUGGAGACCCUGAAGCAUAGACAACAAGUCUUGAUCGAAGAAAAUAACACGCUCAGUUUAAAGAUACAGGAUACAGAACAAAAACGUUCAGUCUGCGAGAGUAAUCUGGAUAACUUGAAAAUUCUAGCUGAUCAACGUCAGAAAGAAAUUAUAGAGUUGCACGGUAAAGUAUCGGAGUUGGAAACAUUGAAAGUGCAGUUGCAACAGAAAAACCAAUGCUUGGACUCGAUCGAAUCAGAAAUGGAACACUUGCGUUUAGCUAACGAAGAAUUACAAGCUGACAUGUCCGCGUGUCGUCAGAAGGAAGCUGAUAUGUUAGAUUUUACGCAAAAAUUAACAGACAAAAACGUACGACUUCAGUCGGAAUUUACGGCUAUCGAAGCAAAGGUCAAACAUCUGGAAGAAAAUCAUGGGCCGCUACACGAGCGGAUAAGCUAUUUAACUGGCAAAAUUAAAACGCUGGAAGAGAGUCUUGCGAAAGAACAAAAAAUGAGAAUAGAAGAGUGCGAGAUACUAGCUAGACAUCUUGCUGAGCAGACUCAACUAGCCCAAAAUCUUGCUCAGAAAUUGGAAGACAGUCAAGGGGAAAACGCUGUGCUCAAGAGAAAACAGCAAUUAAGUAUGAAAGAGAUGACACGAGAAUUACAACAGUGUCGAAAGAAGCUAGAAGCUUUCGAGACAUCAUCGCCUUACAAUUCACUGGGCAUCGCGUCCAGGACUGGAUCAAGUAUAUCACUUAAUACAGGAGAUACUUUAAAUGGUGCCUUAUCCGAUAACAGUAUCAAUGGUGACCAAAGCAUUCAAUCUAUGGAACCUAGUAAACAAACGUUAAUAGAUCGUAUUAUAAAGUUGCAAGAAGAUAAUGCUAAAAAAGCAGAGAAACUAGACUUUUUCGAAGAACAUACCCGAACCCUCGUCGAAGAGUUACAGAAAAAGACGAGAAUCAUACAAACUUAUAUUUUACAUGAGAAUACUGGUGCCAUGGGUAACAACGAGCGAGAUAAAUAUAAGCAUAUCAAAAGCAGGAGAAAUGCAGCUGAAUUAGCGAGACACGGGGGAAUAAUGGCCUCAGUAUACAACCAACGUGUUUCGGAUGAUAAUAUGACGCUGGAAUUAUCGUUAGAAAUAAAUCAAAAGUUGCAAGCUGUUCUCGAAGACGCGUUAUUUAAAAAUAUUACCUUAAAGGAUAAUAUUGACACCCUGGGCGAAGAAAUAGCGAGGUUAACUAUCCAUAAUCAACAAAGGAAAAUUGCAAAUUGAAAGUACGUAAAAAUAGUACACUUGUACUUACAUAGUAAAAAAAAAAAACGGAGUAACACAUGCAUGUAUUAAAAAUAUGAAGAUUAUUAUUCAAGAGAUUUAUCGUAUAUAAGGUACUAAUACCAACUUAAAUGUCAUAUAUUAAAUACGCAGAAGUUAUAACAUGAUCACCGAAUUGUCACCUCGAAAAAAGUUAUAUUUUCAUUUGAGUAAAAAUAUGUAUAUUUUCUAUUUAAUGAUAUCUAGGUGUAAUUUCUUGGUAAUUUUGAUGUAGUUUAUCGUUGUAUGUUAAUACUGUUGGGCACUGCAGAACCUUUUAUUAAGAGCUUAUUUUUAAUUUAUUACGCUUUCUUUUGUGCAUAAUCCGUGGAAAUUGAUUAGAAUAUACAAGUGCUAAGUUUUUUUUGAUACAUUCUUUUAUAUUGUGUAUUAAAAUUGAAUGCUUACAUUUGGCCGAAACUGUAAAAUAUAUGAAGACUGCUUUUCAGUACAGAAAGAACAGUUUUAUUGUAUCUAGUCAAAAGUUAUGAUACUUAAAAGAAAUAAUUUGUUGAUCUGUUUAUUAAAGAUUAAACAUAUCCAAAGUCUAUCAUAAAUAUACUAUUUUUUACAAUUGUUUAAAAUUGAUUUGAUUAUCAUUUUAAUAAGCAAAUUUACAGUUUUCAAGGGACAUUCCAUGCCAUUAAUGCAUUACAAAUUUUCGAUAUGUAAGUCAGGAAAUUUGAAAGAAAAACUCGUUGAUUUUGUAUCAUUUUCAUGUACAUAAAAAUUUACAUAAAAAAGAAACAUUAUAUACAAAUUGUAAACAUGUGUAACGAAAACAAAUUUUAAUCUAAUAUAUGAAAUAUUGCAGAAGAAUCCUCAGCCUUUUUCAUUAAAAAUAAAACAUCCUUCACUUACCGUAUCGUGUCAGCCUUUCUGUUGUCCAAUGAAUAUCCAUCAUUAGCCAAUGGAACGAAGUAUGAGAAAAAACACGAAGUAUUUCACGCAAUAGUUUCGAUAAUUAAAAAGGUUUUAAUGAUAUAGGUUUGUUCAUACGUUUAAUGACAACCUGUACUACAUAAUAUAAAGUAUUUGAUUAUAACAAGACAAAGCAGACCUCGUGACUCUGUAAUCUAUAUCGUUUUGUAUUUUUUUGUUGUCAGGUAAUUAUGAAACUAUUACACUUUUACUCCAUCUAAAUAAGAGGAACACACCUAUUAUUCGCAAUCGAUCUCGAGUCUCCCUUGAGAAAUAUCGAUUUCUCGCUAUUUGCCAUAUAUAAGACACAUUAUUCCACCGGACAAUAAUUUUGUUCUAAACGUUUUGUUCGUCGAUUCUCUCUUUUCGCGUUUUUUUUUUUCUUCACCCUGUAUAUACAUAUGCACAUCACUUACAAUCUUACAAAGCACGUGUACUACCGAAAUUUACAAUCGAGUGGGUACAUUACGAUAAACUGCGAUUUAGUCAAAAGUAGGUAUGUGUACUUUUUACGUAUCUCGUGUGUACAUAUGUGCCUGUGUAUUUUGUACGUGUACGUAUAUAUAUACAUACAUAUAUAUAUGUAUAUAUGUAAUAGCAAUUACAUAUGCAUAUAUGUAUAUAUACGAAGUGUGGAUAUUGCUUUUUGUACAUUGUAUCGUGGUAUACACAUGUACAUGAACUUACGUCCUACAUUUCAUUUCUUCCGAAGGAUCAUCGUUUCGCAAUUAGGGCAACCUCAAGCGACAAUUUGUAAAGAUAAUACGAAUAUAUAUAUAUAACAAUGAUAGUUGCCUCGUUUGCCCCGACAAUGACUAAUAUAGCUACGCGUAUCUUCGAUUUCGUGAGGUAUUAAAUAGUAUUAGAACAUGGUGAUCGAUAUAGGAUUCCGAUUUUUCGUGAGUAAUAGCUGUAGCGAAUCGUGAGGGCGAAAAAUGAAUUUUUGAUCUUGCCAUUUUUGUUGUUUACAACCUUAAAAUAAUCGCUUGGUUCUCGCGGUAUUUGAAAGCGUUCGAUAAUGUGAACAUUCGAACGUAUAAUUCUGCGAGUUGUACGAAUAACGGUUCUAAAGUGUAUCGAUUUGCCCAGGGGUCCAUGACGCUGUUGAGACGGCCCUGUUUCUACGUCCUUCGCGACGCCACGGAUGAUAUUAGCGAUCACUAAUCGCAUUGUAACGGAACUAAAGACUAUUAUCCCGAUUUAUCGACUUUCCACGUCGAACGAAAAUACAACGUUAUUGUACUACAAAAAUAUCGCGACUGCGUAUCGAUACUAUUUUCUGCUACGUAUUUGAUUGCGUGUCAUCAUCUCAGACGUUUACGUAAAACCCAAGCUGUACACGUUUGCGAUCGACGAAUGUAUUUCCUUCCUGUCUUCCUUGUGAAAUUUUCUCAUCAGUUUAACGACGUCCAAGAACGGGACACCUUAUUAUCUCUUUCAGUUUUCAUGAUACGUCCUGUAUGUUAUAUCCAAAACUCUAAAGUGAUCAAGUACUUUACACGCGUAGUACCGUGCAGUUUCGUGUACAAUAAAAUUUCGAUCAUCAGAACCUAAUGACGUAUUAAUUCCUGUUGUACAUGAUUAUUUAUUUAGAAAAUGGUUAUCGAUUUUGCCACAUACAGCACCGACGGUCCAAAUUUUACUGUACUACACGCUUGAUAGAAGACGUUUUGCGCUAAUCAUGGAGCAAACAUUUCUCAAUUGACUAGGACGAAGUAAAGCAUAGAACCAUAUACAUAUUCUAGAUACAGCAGAGGAGACGUAGGCUUGGCUGUAUGUGAAAACGUCCCACCGUUAGAAGGAAAACUUAUCUAUCUUUAGUACCCUACUUGGCUCUUUUAUUAAUGCGAAUGAAAAAUAUAUAUAUAUAUGUAAUUAUUGAAAGUAGAAACGAUAACCAUUUAUCAUUACCAUAAAAAUGAUAUAAAAUGGUAAACAAGUUACUGAAAAAUAGAGACAGGUAAGGUACCGCGACCUUCUUUCACUUUUUAGCUGUAGUACAAGCUCGAGAUCUAGCUACCCUUGCUCUAUCCAUAAUAUCUCUAUGGUACGAACACGUGUACCGAGUACACCGUGCACUCACGCGACGGAAGCAGGCUUGGCGCAUCGAUCUGCUCUGGGCGUACACGCUACUCCAUGACGUUCACCCGAUAGAAUUGCAAAUUCUCAUUUCGGCGGCCAACGGGAGAAAAAAGGCGUACAUCUUUCGGUCGCCAUUGUUCCUCGACGGGCAGGAUCGAUUACGUGCGCGCUGUAUAGGCGACGGAGGAGAUAAAUACACCCAACUCGUAAAUUAGACGAGGUGCGAAAAGGGGGCACCGUAAGUGGACAAACAAGGGUACCUGGCUUUCGUUUUCUUUCGUAUCAACCAUUGGGAUCGAUCGUUGCAAUCGUUAAUAGAAACGAAGGUUUAAAACAGUGAUGGGCAAAACUCUAGG